AACAAGGAAGUUCACCCGAUUCCAGUCUCCUCCGCUUUCUCACCGCAAAUCUGACACAUAUCGUCGUUUUCAUUUUUUUGUCAGGAAGGUGACUGCUCACCUGUCGGUAUGGCGAUGUCAGCGUUUCAGAAGGUGACCCUCGCGACGUGCCUCGUGCUGUGUGUCGCGUUGCUGCUCCCGAAAAUGUUGUUAUCCCGGGGGAGGAAGGAUGCUGCCGAGCGGCCGGAGGGUUCAGGACGUUUCCCUCCAAUGAUGCACCGCCAGACGGCUCCAGAGAGCCGAGGCCAGAGGGCCGUGGGGUCUGGCACCUCCAGGGCCCACAACCCUGAGGCCACAGGCAGGGCCAAGGGUGCAGGAACAGGGGCAGGAGCUGGAGGCAAAUCCAACCUGGCAGGACAGAUCAUCCCUGUGUAUGGCUUUGGGAUCUUACUUUACAUCCUCUACAUACUGUUUAAGAUCACAUCUAAAGGGAACAGCAAACCAUCAGAGGCGAGGUUUCCUCCAUCACGCACAGAAAACCUCAAGAGAAAGAUCACUGAUUUCCAGCUGGCCCAGCUGCAGGAGAAGCUCAGGGAGACAGAGAUGGUGAUGGAGAAGAUCGUUUCCAAUGCCCACCACAGUCCUGACAGGGUGAAGGGUGUGAUGGCAGAUCAGGAGGAGAGUCUCCUGCAGCAGCUGACGGCGAUAACUCAGAUGAUGCAGGAGGGUCAGCUGGUGGAGGGAAUGGCUCCAGAGAAGAAGCCCCAGGAUGACUGGGAAGAUUAUCCCGAGGAGUCUCACACAUACUGGGAACAUUCCCACUGUUGUUGCGAGCAGCAGCACCACAGUCCGCAGGCAGAGGCAGAGAGGACAGAUGCCGAUGGUGCCGACCUGGUCGAAAACCUUCCCGAAGAUGUGACGAGUGGAGACGAGGCUGAGAGAGCAGAAGAUCUGAGCAAAGAAGCUGUGAAAGAAUCUGAUUCGACAGCAGAGAGCAGAGAAGAUGUAGGGUUAGAGAGAAAUUUAGGGAUAAAUGAGGAGGAAGACGUGUAUGAACACAAGAAGGGAGGGGGUCAGAUUGAUCUGAGUGUCCCAGAGGAGGACCUGGUUGGAGUCCUGAAAGAGCUGGAGCUCACGCUGAGGAUGACAUCUGUAGCGGAACAGGAGAAGAUCGAGGACCUCACGCAACCGGCAGACUCACAAACGGCCUGCAGCUCGGUCAGACGGAGAAACAAAAGGAGGAGGGCAAAGAAAGAUGUAAACUGACUGACGUGACGCAUACACAGUAAACUUGGGCCUGGUUUGUCGGGGUAGAUGGGUGUUGUGAGUCUGUUCUCAUCAGAUUGGCAGUAGCAUGACAGCUGGUGAUAGCAUGACAGUUUCUCCAGCCUUGUUUAACUUUACUUGAAGUGAAUAAAUGAGAAAAGAUGUGAACAGGACAGUUUUAUAUCAAUAACAUCAGUUUAUAAAAUGCUCAUUAUCUAAUCCAGUUAUCAUCAGUCUGCAUGUAGAAAUUCAUCAGGUUUUUAUCGUACUUUAUAACAUAAAAUGCUUCCAGAACUUCUCCAGGUUAAGAUUUUAUGUGAUUUGCUGAAAAGGUGGACAGUCUGCACGCAAAAACCAUUACUAAUUAGAUCUGUCACUGAGGCGCUGCCUUAUCAUUUUUGGUAUAUCAAAACUUUCAUCUAAGCAGGUGUCAGUUUCUGUUCCUCUGGGGUGAUCUAACAUUAUUUGCAUCUAGUAUUUUAAAAUUUAAAAAACAAGAGCAAGUAAGACUGAAUCAGACCCAAAACGGGUAAGAAUUAUGCAACUGAUGGAUGCCGAAUCUUCUUAAUGCCUAGUGUAAUUUAUUGGGAUAGCUGUGCCUUUUCUCACCUUUGUCAGCAAUAAAACACUAACGUUAAACUGUGGUCAUUCUAAAUGAGAAUUUUCCAUUCUGGGCUCUUGGAUUUGUGUGAGCAGAUACAAUAAAUUACACUGUUAAAAAGCGGCAACACUUUAGUCAAGUGUUGCCCCUUUUUAACAGCUCAAAGUUAAUGGAGUCAUCUUCUUCUUACAGUAUUUAAUAUGAAGAAAUGCUGCCUAAACCACAGACCUUUAAUUUUUGAACCUAUCAGGAAA